AUGGAGCCUUACUACGAACAGUGGAGCGUGCCCGAGGGGCCCGGGAAGGAGCCCGAGGGGGUUGGGGUUUCUGCCGUGGGACUUGAAGGGGAGGAUAUGCAGCUUCUGGACGAGGAGCCUUCGACGGCGGCCAGCGGCGCUGUGCUGCUGCCUUCGGCGCAGCGCGCGCGCCGCCUGUGGAACUACUUGGCAGUUGGGGGCCUCGCAGUGCCGACCAUAGUGCUGUUCAUGUAUUUGAUGUCGGCUUUCGCGAAGACGAAGCAGCAGCUUUCCUGGGAGUCCGUCGUGAAGCCCCAGGCCGGCCUGCCCGCCCCCCCCGCCCAGUGGCAAGUGCCCCCCGUGCACCCCCCCGAAGAAAGAGAGUCCGUGACCAACCAGCUCGUCAGAGGCGUCUUGGCAGACGUCAGCAGCCAGCUGGUCCAGGGGGGGCACAUCGAGCCCGAAGGCGACGCGCAGACAGCCAUGGAGGCGGUGGCGAAGGCGCUUUCCAACGGGCAGUCGGAGGAUCUGCUGGGAAUGACAAUUCGGCUGAGUCAGGUGACUGAAGUGGGCUCUGGCGAGCAGCUGCAGGAGCCCCGAGACUUCGUGGUGACCCGCUUCAUCGACCAGGGGUACCAGAGCGUGCUGCUCGCCGUGCAGGAUCGGGAAACCGAGGAAACUUCCGCCAUGCGCAUCAACUUUCUCCCCGCAGACUUGGAAAACCUCGCUCUCACCACGGCGAAGGCCAGCGUUUCCCCGCAAAUGGUCCGCGUGGCGCAGGCCAGCCUCGGCAUCAGCGGCAGCACCCCGCUGGCCGCCGCGGCGCAGGAAAAGGGAAUUGCUCCCACGCGAUUCAUGGCGCGGAUCGACGGAUUCCCCAAAAUUCUGCGCCACAAAGGUUUAAGUGUUAUGUCUGCAGUUGAAAUUACGGAAAACGUCGAAGUUUCCUUGCAAGACGCGCUGGACGCGCUGGAUCUGCCGCCCACCGGCACCAAGGCGUACAUCGCGCGGAGCGUGCUGAAGACUGUGCUGCACAUGCAGCGCGCGGGCUGGAGCCACAACGGACUGAACUGCAGAAGUUUCGGAGUUCAAGAAGACGGGUCUGUUUUGUUGCUGGGUCUUCAGUCGAGCGUGCCUUUCGGCGAAGUCAUCCCGGACAACGUGGGCAUCUCGCCGCUGACCACGGAACCUGAACUGCUCGCGAGCCUCUGGUGCUACGAAGACUGCAAGGGUCUCGCGCAAGCCAACGCGAAGUCCGACAUGUGGAGUUUGGGAAUUGUUCUGCACCAGAUCCUGAUGGACGGCGAACUGCCGUUCGGGCUUUCCGAGAUCCCCUCCGACGAAAGCGCCAUCCCGCACGUCGUGCAGCUGCGGGAACACACUGACAUCGACGAGAUGCUGACGAAAAUGGAAGGCAGUGGAGUUUCGCGGCGGUGGCGCGAACUGGUGGUUCGGUUGCUCGAGACGGACCGCAGCAAGCGGAUCAGCGCGGAGGAAGUUGCUGCGGAGUACACGGACUUGUUGAACGGCGCCACUGCGCAGCAAGUCCUCGACCGCGAGGACUUCCUGCGGCUCUUCAAGAUGGAAAACCCCGACUUCGUCGGACUGGAGGCCGAGCUCGCGGAAAGCCCCGCAGCGCGCGGCGACUUGCAGCAGCAAGCCUCCUUGCCGAGCCCGCCCGAGGCAGACGGCUCUGGCCUCGCCUCUCUGACGAUCUACAGCCCGCAGCGCGAAGCAGCUCCGGCUGAGGACUUCCCGCCAGUGCCGAUGCGCUGGAGACCUCCGGAACGAAGUUUGGGACUUCCGCCCCGCCAGCCGCCGUUCAUGAACGGCUACAGCCCUCUGGACCGUUUGGAGCUUUCCCUCGCCGGAGUCGACUCCGGCCCGCAGAGCUUCUUGCGUCUGCAGCGAGAUCGCGUCAACGAAUUCGUUCCCGUCCCAAGUCCUCGGGGGCCGGAGGCGCUGCAGGCAGCAGCCCCUGGGCCCCGCAGCAGCAGACUUGGAGGCGCAGCAGCCCAGCGAGAAGCAAGCGGCCAGCCGUCAGCUGCGGCCGAGCCAGCAGCAGCAGCAGCAGCAGCAGCAGCAGGCAGGCUGCUGCAGCGCGAGGCACCACCCGGCAGCAGGCGAAGAGGCGGCGCCAGCCCAACUGCGCCGACGCCGACACACGACAAGACAGCCAGCCCCAGCGUCUCAUCUCCAGUGCCCAGCAGCAGCAGCAGCAGCAGCAGCAGCCCGAGUUCUUCUCCCAGCCACAGCGCGCCUUCGAGCCCCCGCCGUCUUCCCCCGGAGCACCAGCCCGCUGCAGAGCCUGCAGGCCUCCCCGCGGCCUCCGCUGCUGCUGCGCCAGCAGCAGCCGUCAGCAGCAGCUUCACUCCGAGUCCGGCGGGAUCUUCUUCUCCCCGGAGCGAGUCGAGUUCGCCGCUGCCGACAGCUGCUGCUGCUGGUUGGCCCGCAGCAGCAGAGCCAGAAGCAGCAGCAACUCGCAGCGAAGCCCGCAGCAGCCCAAGUCGAAGCAGCCCAACCACUGCCAACGGCGCUGCAGCGCGGGUCCCGCUGGGGCUCGGCCACGCGCUGCUGGAGAUGUCCCGGACAAGAACUCCUUCGGAGUCUUCCAGCAGCGACAUUCAGAACGGCGCGCCGCCGCGCGUUCAAGUGACUUCGAGGUUCUGGAACCCGGCUUCGGAAGCGCAGAGCAAGGAGGAGGAAGAUAACUCUGAGAACUGA